ACUCAUCGCCAUUGUGAUUGUGGUCGUUCGUUGGUGGUCGGACAGCUUGCUACUUUGCACAGCUGUGGUUUCGGAAAUUGAUAAUUUCGUAGUUAUGGGAGCUUUUGUCAAAAAAUCAACAAUGUGUCGAAAAAAUAGGGUCAGUAGAAUGGUGUUGAGGUCAUACUCGUAGAAGGCACACAACAAUUAGGAGUUUCCAAGAAGCAAAUAACCGACCAGAUCACAAGCAACAGGCCAACCAAAUCCAAUAUUUACCGCAGUUUCAUCUCUUUUCGAAGAGUAUCAAUUUGUCAAUCCGAGAACACGAGAAUUAAUUCAACUUUUCAGCCGAAAAGAUAUUAAUUUUUUGAAGAAAGAGGACUCGUUUUUCCGUUCGGCAAAACUCAUAUUUCACGUAUUUAUCGCAGAAAAUUGGGAAAAGAGAAGCAGGAUGGGAUCCGCGAGACCACAGGAUAAGUCUCUCGGAGGAGGGAUUUCCCUGCCACAGUGGAUGAAAGGCAAAUUUGACAAUCGAUUCGAUUUCGAUGAUAGUGCAUUUAGUCCACCUUCUCACGACGACAAUUUCUUCUUCAUCCGCUAUGCAAAGAAUCAAGGGACAGAAAAUACUUCAUCAGGAUUCACAACCAUUUCCGAUGUAAUUAGUGGGAAUAAAGAGACCACCACCGUUCAGGCAAAUUCAGCAAAUUUAAAAGACGUUAAUCAAAUUGAUUUUAGUAAGCAUCCGGAACCUUGUCAACCGUUUGUCCCCAGUGCUGUUAAUAAAGGAAACAUUUACAAACCUCCGAAGAGAACUUUGGCGAAUAACAUAAAGCCAAAAUCGCAGGGAACGGACGAUGGUUUUCAUGGGACGCCAGCCCUCUGUGGCAAGUCGAUUGUUCACGUAGCCAAUCAAAUGAUGUCCGGUUUCAAUAAGACCGAAAAUACCGAAAAUGCAUUUCCAAAAGGGAGCAAAUCUCUCCCAGUUACCCCGAUCGCCUCGCCAAUGUCGACCCCCGACAGUUCACCAAAAACCCGGCGGCGACACGGCAAUCGAUUUUUCACCGGGGCUUUUGUCCCGGACAAGGAAAAGUAUCAGGGAAGUUGGCUCCUAGCCGGGAUUUUGGGACAGACGCGUGAAAUUGUUUCCACGAAAAUUGAGGAGGAGGAGGAGACCACACCGGAAAGUAUUCCUCCGAGGGCGCUCAGUCGGAAAAAAUCGAUUUCAUCCCAAAAUCUCACUUAUCUCGGGAAAGAUGAAAAAUCGACAACAACGGAGAAACAGACGAAAACGAGUGUCUUUCAAGCUAAGCCAUCCGAAUUGCGCGAGAUGAACUUUUGGUCGCCGACUUCCAUGUAAAUCUAUCUCUCCCUUCAUAUAUUUUCUCUUUUCUUUUUUUUUUUUUUUAUUUAUCCAAUUUUCUAAAGAUCUGAUGGCCAUCGUCUGAUAAAAUCUUAACCUAGAUUUAAAAUCUUUCAUGAUCACACUUAAGACAAUUCAGCAUUUGCUGAAGCUGUUGUUUAAAUUACGAUUUACAUUUUAGAAUUAACAGUUUUGCUAUUAUUUAAGUUUUUCCUUUUCCUCAACGAAAAAAAAAAAAAAAAACAUCUUUGGUCUUUCGUAACGAAAUUUUUAAGCAACUAGGAAGGAAAAAAAGACAAUGCUAGUGCUUUUCUUGUAUUUCAAUCGUUACUUGAAAGUUAUUCUUUAAGAUUUAAGUAUUUGUCCUUCAGUACUUGAAAAUUAAUUUUAAUCUCUAGUUUUACGAUAAUUUACGCCCGGAAAAAUUUCUUUUAUAAAAAAAAAAAAAACACUUGAAAGAAAAUAGUACGAUUGUUAUUUAUUAAUUAUAGAUUCCAGAGCACAAAAGUCAGUCGAUCAGUUUCAUAUUUGAAGAUAGAAACUCGGUAAGGAAUUAAGUAAACUUUUUUUUUUUUUUU